GGCGGCGCGCGCCGUUGGUCCGCGCUGGCUGGGGUUUACCUGCGGGACUCGCGGCCGCCCCGGGGGCCGGCCCUGCAGCACCCCCCCGCCCCGCCGCCCUUGGAGCCCGGCCCUGAGGUGUGAGGUCUGGAACUUCAACUUACAGGUUUUCCAUAGAUGACUCUACCUUAGGAAAAAUGACUUUUGCUACCCACACAAUCCUGUUUAGAAGCGGUAUCUUGUUAUUGAAGAGCAAUUUGGACUAUAUAUAUCAAAAAUUCUUUUAAAAUGUGCAUAGCAUUUGAUUCGGCUGAUAGGUGACCUGGUUUUUUUCAAUAUUGAAGGACAAACAGUUUCAUUGUUGGUGUGUGGAAACACAGCUGAUUUUUGUAUAUUGAUUUGUAUCCAGCAACUUUACUGAACUCAUCAAAGGCUUUAAUAUCAAGUCUACAAUAUUUUGAGAAGAAAUUACUAAUAUUGCCCAUUAAAAAAAAUACUUUGCAGAUAUUUCAACCAAAGGAAGAAAUAGCUCUCCUAAGAUGGAAUCUGUUGUUUGGGAAUGUGGUUGAUCAACUUGAUAUGUUGGCCAGAUAUGCCCUAUGUAAUAAAAUGAAAAGAAGAGACAAGAUGAUGUCAUUUUCCCGUAUUGUGAAACCAAAAACAAAUGCCUUUUGUGAGACCAAGCUAACAAACCUCUGAUGGUCAAAGAGUAUUUAACUGUUUGAAGAACUUAACAGUAAGAUAUAGAAGAAAUACUUUCAAGCUGAGACCUGCAGGUGUAUAAUGAUCUAAAAUACAUAUUGAGUAGGCCUGAUCAUCCAACUCUUAUUCAAAUCCAGGAAGGAUGGCUAUGAGUUGGAUUGUCUUCUACUUUUGGCCCUUGACUAUGUUUGUGGGGCAUAUAGGUGGGCACAGUUUGUUUUCUUGUGAACCCAUUACCUUGAGGAUGUGCCAAGAUUUGCCUUAUAAUACUACCUUUAUGCCUAAUCUUCUGAAUCACUAUGACCAACAGACAGCAGCUUUAGCAAUGGAGCCAUUCCACCCAAUGGUGAAUCUGGAUUGUUCUCGGGAUUUUCGGCCAUUUCUUUGUGCACUCUAUGCUCCUAUUUGUAUGGAAUAUGGACGUGUCACACUUCCUUGUCGUAGGCUGUGUCAGCGGGCUUACAGUGAGUGCUCGGAGCUCAUGGAGAUGUUUGGUGUUCCUUGGCCUGAAGAUAUGGAAUGCAGUAGGUUCCCAGAUUGUGAUGAGCCAUAUCCUCGACUUGUGGAUCUGAAUUUAGCUGGUGAUCCUACUGAAGGAGCUCCAGUGGCAGUGCAGAGGGACUAUGGUUUUUGGUGUCCUCGAGAGUUGAAAAUUGAUCCUGAUCUCGGUUAUUCUUUUUUACACGUGCGUGAUUGUUCACCUCCUUGUCCAAAUAUGUACUUUAGAAGAGAAGAACUUUCAUUUGCUCGAUACUUCAUAGGAUUGAUUUCAAUCAUUUGCCUCUCUGCCACAUUGUUUACUUUUUUAACUUUUUUGAUUGAUGUCACAAGAUUCCGUUAUCCUGAAAGACCUAUUAUAUUUUAUGCAGUCUGCUACAUGAUGGUAUCAUUAAUUUUCUUCAUUGGGUUUUUGCUUGAGGACCGAGUAGCCUGCAAUGCAUCUAGCCCUGCACAGUAUAAGGCUUCCACAGUGACACAAGGAUCUCAUAAUAAAGCCUGUACCAUGCUUUUUAUGGUACUCUAUUUUUUUACUAUGGCUGGCAGUGUUUGGUGGGUAAUUCUUACCAUCACAUGGUUCUUGGCAGCUGUGCCAAAGUGGGGUAGUGAAGCAAUUGAGAAGAAAGCAUUGCUAUUUCACGCCAGUGCAUGGGGCAUCCCCGGAACUCUAACUAUCAUCCUUUUAGCGAUGAAUAAAAUUGAAGGUGACAAUAUCAGUGGCGUGUGUUUUGUUGGCCUCUACGAUGUUGAUGCAUUGAGAUAUUUUGUUCUUGCUCCCCUCUGCCUGUAUGUGGUAGUUGGAGUUUCUCUCCUCUUAGCUGGCAUUAUAUCCCUAAACAGAGUUCGAAUUGAAAUUCCAUUAGAAAAGGAGAACCAAGAUAAAUUGGUGAAGUUUAUGAUCCGGAUUGGUGUUUUCAGCAUUCUUUAUCUCGUACCACUCUUGGUUGUAAUUGGAUGCUACUUUUAUGAGCAAGCUUACCGUGGCAUCUGGGAAACAACAUGGAUACAAGAACGCUGCAGAGAAUAUCACAUUCCAUGUCCAUAUCAGGUUACUCAAAUGAGUCGUCCAGACCUGAUUCUCUUUCUGAUGAAAUACCUGAUGGCUCUCAUAGUUGGUAUUCCCUCCAUUUUUUGGGUUGGAAGCAAAAAGACAUGCUUUGAAUGGGCCAGUUUUUUUCACGGUCGUAGGAAAAAAGAGAUAGUAAAUGAAAGCCGACAGGUACUACAGGAACCUGAUUUUGCUCAGUCUCUUCUGAGGGAUCCAAAUACUCCUAUUAUAAGAAAAUCAAGAGGAACUUCCACUCAAGGAACGUCCACACAUGCUUCUUCAACUCAGCUUGCUAUGGUGGAUGAUCAGAGAAGCAAAGCAGGGAGUGUCCACAGCAAAGUAAGCAGCUACCACGGCAGUCUCCACAGGUCCCGUGAUGGCAGGUACACUCCCUGCAGUUAUAGAGGAAUGGAAGAGAGACUACCUCAUGGCAGCAUGUCACGACUGACGGAUCACUCCAGGCACAGUAGUUCUCAUCGGCUCAAUGAACAGUCACGACAUAGCAGCAUCAGAGACCUCAGUAGUAAUCCCAUGACUCACAUCACACAUGGUACUAGCAUGAAUCGAGUUAUUGAAGAAGAUGGAACCAGUGCUUAACUUGUCUGAAGGUGGAAAACCUGUGCUGUUUAAAAAGCAGAUUUUAUUCUUUGCCUUUGCGUGACUGAUUGCUGUAACUCACUGUUAUCAUGCUUUCAGUCAGGUACAGAUUGUGUCCACUAGAAAAAUAAAUUUAUGCUUUUUAUAUUGCAUCAAAUUUGGAACAUCAAGGCAUCAAAAAUGCUAAUAAUUAUAUCAUCACAUAAAUAAUUCUUAUUUCUAGGUUGUGAAAAGAUAAUUAUUUGUCUGGUAAGCAUUUUUAUAAACCCAUUUAUCUUUAUAUUUAGAAAAACCCUAAACAUGUGGUGACUGCUUUGUAGUGAACUUUCAUAUGAUAUCAACUAGCUGUGAGAUAACAUUCUGGUAGUUGUAUUAAAAAAACAAAAUUUCAGAAUUAAGGAAAUUUUCUAUGCAAGGUUUAUUUCUCAGAUGAAUAGUUGGACUUUGUAGUUUUCUUUCUACUAAGUUGAAAAAGAACUAUGUUUUUAAACUGUAGGAGAAUUUGAUAAAUCAGCAAGGGUAUUUUAGCUAAUAAGAUAUAAGAUCAACAGAAGAAUCUGAAUAGUCCAUUGAAGACUCUUCAAAAAAAUCCUAUCAAAAUAAUCUUCAUCCAGAGACAUACAGGAUUAGGAUUAGCAGUGGAAUAAAAGCGGAGAUGGACAUCUUUUUCUCUAUAAUUGUGCUGUCUUUACUACUUUUGUAAAUAUUACUUUUACUGGCUGUGUUUUUAUAACUUAACCAUAUGCAUGGUGGAAGAAGUUUAAUUUGUAGCCAUCUUUUCCCAUGUAGUAGUAUUGAUUCACAGAGAACACCAUGUUCAGAUCUGUUCCAUGGAGGCAUGUAAUUAGAUUAGCAUCAUACAUUAUAAGCUUUUUUGUGGGAACCACAAUUACAAAUGGCAAAAUGUUUUCUCUAUAUUCAUUGUUUGUAUUUUUCUACAGUGAGAUGUGAUCUUGCCAAAGCCGCCAGAUCUUGGUACCCAGGCCCCUCCUAUUAGUGACUUGAUUGUUUGUAUUUGCAUUUCCCAGUAGCCAUGAGGCUAUAGCUUUUUGUCCCACAUUCUUGUUUCAGAUUCUAGAUCUUUUUUUUUACAGUUGAAAUAUAUAUAACCUAAGUCCAAAGUGGUGAUUAAUUUGAGAUAUUUGAAAAAUCAUUGUAACUAAAUGAAGCAUGAUUAGUCUUGCUGUAAAGUAUCUUUUAGUCUUACCAAUAUCAAUUCAAAAAUGUUUGACAUUUUGUCAUGUAAUCUUUAAAUAAUUUACAGUAAAAACUAUCAACUUUAUUAGGCAUGAAAUUUAUCAUAAGGGAAAGAAAAAUUAUGGAAAAUGCUGGAUGUGUUUUAUAGAAUAGCAUAUUUAAAUAAGUGGUCCUCAGUCCUGCUUACAGAUAAGAAUUACUUGGGGAACCUCUAAUGUUCAACACCUUCCUCUCAUUCAGAGGAGAAUUGGGUUUUUUUCUUUUUAAAGCUUUCUAGGUGGUUCUAAUCUGUAAUCAAGCUGCAGGCUGUUUCAAACUAGCCCCCUGAUAAUGAGCUGAUGGCAUCAUAUUAUAUCACAUAAAUAUCUAGCUGGACUUAAUGUUGUGCUUUUAUAUCAUUACCUGAUAUGCAAUUAUUCUUCACUUUAUUGUCCAUUAUAAAAUGUGGAAUUUGGGGCACCACUCUUAAAGAUUCUUACUCAGUAAGUCAAAGAUAGUAGGACUUUAAAGUCUGUAGUUGUAAGAAUACUACAGGUGAUUCUUAAUGCAGGUAAUACAAGAAUCACAUUUUGAAAAAUAUUCUAAACUCUAGAGAAGCCUGGCUUUCCCAUGUGCCAAUUUUUGACCUUUAUCAAGUACCCUUCUCUGAGCCUCAGUUCCCUUGUUUAUAAAUGAAGAUAGAAGAUAAGUACCUACCUCACAAAGUUGUUGAAUGGGAGUCAAAUGAAAAAUCAUAUGAAAGCUCUUUGAAAACUGUAAAGCAUUGUGAAAUAUAAGGGAUUAAGAUUAUUAAGGAUUUAAGAGAUUUGUUUGAAGGCUACUAUAGUACAUUCCUUGACAUGUGUUUAAUUCAUGUGUACUUUUUUCUUUUCUUUUGAAAAAUACUAAGAAAUUGGGUGUUGCAAAAAAAGUUUUCUGAUGAUUUGUAUAUCAUAUUUUUCAAAGUACAUAUAUCUUAUGUUUAUGAUUAACUCUUUAUAGAACAUAUUUGAACAGUUAGCCCCAAAGCAUUUUUCUUUUUCCUCUGUCUUCAUUGUCUUUGUCCUUGGAACUAACUGGAGUUAGUACUGGAUAAGCAGGGUCUGAAUUCCCUCAUAACUGACAAUUAGUAAGUAAACCUUUCCUCUGAAGGCCAAACUUACAACUCAUUUAUAUAAUAACUCAGUAAUUCAUAGGCUUUUUUUCUGAGAAUCUCUCCUGAGAACAGCAUGAAAGGAACAAAACAAACAUUCAGAAACAAAAAUAAGAAGUUAAAAUAGAAGGUACCAGUUUGAGCUCAAAGAUGUUGUCAUCCAUUACCAUCUGCAUUAUAUUAUCAAUUGCCAAAAUGUUAAUUGAUUUUCUUGUACAAGUAGGCCAAGUGUAGACAGUUGUGUGCACAUCCCUGUGAAAAUCUUAACUUUGUGCUGUUUUUUAUAUAUUCAUUACAAGUCUUUAUUAAACUCGCUGUUGUAAUAUAUAUAAAUGCUAUGUUGACCUUUCAGUUACUCUCAGUAUCUUAAUUUUGCUCCACAAAAUUUACUUAAUAUCAUCAAUGCAUUGUUUUAAAUAACAAUAUGUAGUUUGGGUCACAUUAUUUAUCAAACUGAUGUUUAAAUUAAAUUUUUUUAAAGAAUCUGUUAUCUAUGUCAAACCAGUAAUUGCAAAGUCUCAGUUCUCUUAAACCAACUUGAACAAGUUGGGACAGCUUUCUUACCAUAUGUUUAACUUUAAUUUGUGUUUUGAUUGGCAUGUGAUAAUGUUUAGUAUUUGUUCAGCUGACAACUGAGAAAAUAAUAGUUGUCUCUAAAAUGUUAAUAUAUAAUCAAGAGGCUUUCAAAAAGUACUUUGAUUUCACCAAUACUGUUUAAUUUACUUUAUUCAAUAAUCAAAGCAAAGGGUAAUAUAAACUCAAAACAAUAAUUGGUUUCAAGGAACAAUUGAUUAGUAACAGCUAGCACAGAGCUUAGUACAUUGUAGGUCUUUCAAUAAAUAUAUUUUUUUCAAUAAAUAUUUACAUAUGAACUACUCAUGUCAUAAAACUCCCUCUUUAGCCUUAAUAGUGAGAAUCUCACCUAAAACGAAUUUGAAGGAUGUAAAUGUAAAUUGAGUGAAAUAAUGUCUCUAUCAGAAUAACAUGUGGCAAGUCAUAAAUAUGUAACUUGCACAAGAAAUAUAUACACAAACUUGUACCAAUACUUUAUAUUAACUUAAAAGGUGAAGAGCAAUUCUUAGAAGUAUUUACGUGCUUGUUGGGUGAAGUUAGAUCUUUGUAUACUAGUUGGGUAAGUGAAUAUUCAACAACCUGUAUUAAGAAUGAUUUUCUUUUUCUGCUUCUUAGAGCAGAUAUGUGAAAAUUUUAAGAAUCUCUUUAAAUUAGAAAAAUAUACUACAUUUUAUCCUACUUCAUUAGUUUAUUUGUGAUAAGAGCUGGGUAUAACAAAUUGUAACUAUCUUGCUUGAGGCUAUAUCCCUGUGAUAUAAAAGGAACUACUUAAAAAAAUUUUUAGUGGAUCAUUGACCAGAGCUUAGAAAACAAUAACAUACCAAAAUUUCAUUAUGAUAAUAUUUAUACUGCUUUUGACAUGCCAAAGAUACAUUUAUGUAUUAUCACUUGGAUGACUUACAUCAAGUGCAGUGAAAUUCUGUUAGGCUUGGAAUUCAAAGACCCAUAAUUAUGAUGUGAGCAGGACAAGUCAUUUAGUCUCCAUUUCUUCAGUAUAGAAUGAGGAUAAGGUAAUUUUUGGUCCCAAAACCUAUCUCACUGGACUUUGGUCAUAAGGAUCAAAUGAGACAACAUGUAUUAUUGUGCUCUGUAUUCUGUAAAUUGCUCUAUGGAUAUUAUUAGUUUUUGUUAGAAUUUGGAGGUUAUAGAAAACAAAGUUAUGGUCUUUAGUAGUAUUUAGCAACAACAACAAAAUAGGCCAUUAGACCAGUAUUUAUUUGGUAUAAUCUUUAAAUCAACAAUCCAAUUAACCUUUUAAAAACAGUAGCUAUGCCCUUAAACUGUGUUAGCUCUUUAAUAUAUGUAUACCAGAGUAUGCUCUCAAAUAUUAUACAGUUAAAUUUGUAGUUCACUCUCAACAGAAAUUUGGGGAUCUCCAUUAUAUUUUUCUUUUGACAUGGAAUUAUAUAAAAACAUUAGCUUGAUUUCAUUGAAGCAUAAGAAAAAUAUAGAAGGGAUGCCUGGGUGGCUCAGUGGUUGAGCAUCUGUCUUUGGCUCAGGGCAUGAUCCCAGGGUCCUGGAAUUGAGUCCCACAUCAGGCUCCCUGGGAGGAACCUGCUUCUCCCUCUGCCUGUGUCUCUACCUCUCUCUCUCUCUGUGUCUCUUAUGAAUAAAUAAUAAAUAAAAUCGUUAAAAAAAGAAAGACAGAAAAAUAUAGAGGAGUAUAGGCCCUAUAACUUUUUUUUCUUUGAGAACUUUCAUGUGCUUAAUUCUGAUAAAGAAAAAGUUUUUAAAAGGUAGUAACUGUAGCUUGAUAUUAAUCAUGGCAGACCUUUAAAUUUUAAGCUGUAACAUUAUCUUAAUUGUAUGUUUGUAUAUAUAAUUUUUAACCUACAUAAAAUAAGGAGUUCUCCAUUCUUUUCCACACAUCAACACACAAAAGAGCAUUUUAUGGAACCUAGAUUUACAAAGGAACUAAUGACUCUUUUAAACUUCUUUUAUGCCGUUUUACAACUGAUUAAAAUAAGAAGUGUUUACAUUCAAUUCAUGUUUCCCAGUAGCCGCCUUUAUACAUUAUUAUGUCAUUUCUAUUUUAUAUGAAAAGAAUUACAUUGACCUCUCUUCAUAAUUUACUUCUCUUCCUUUUUUGUUCCAGUGAUACGAGAGGGAAAGGAAUAGGAGGACUAAGCAACCCUUAUCCUUCAUCUAAUUGUUUGAAGUCUUCUGGGAUUUUUUUCUAAUUUAAUUUUAAUCCUAUACUUCUUUAAUAGUCAAAUUGAUACAGGAUUAUAGUUUUCUCCCAGGAUCCAAAAUCUUCUAGGAAAGAAAAUGUUAUACUCUACCUAAAAUCAGCCAUUUCUUAAACAUUCCUCUUUGGUUGAUUUACAGAGAUUUAAUAUAAUAAAUUAAUGAGCAUGGUUUCUAUUCUGUGAUCUCUAAUUAGAAAAUAAAAUUUUGUUGCCAUAAAGAUAAAAGAAAGUAAAGCAUCUCUUAUAUUUUAGUCAAAUCCCAUACCAAUACAUUACUUCCUACAAAAGAGAGUAGUUCAGUCUAUUUAAAUGCAUUAAAGAAUAGUUCCCUUCAGAUUUUUUUUUUAAUAAUCAUUUAUCUCAAGAAAUCUAUUGUGUCCUUUCUUGAAGAUUUUCAUUGGUACGCUAGCAUUGCUCUUAAUUUAUUCUAAUUUUAUUGGCUACUGUCACCAGUUUUUCCUGAUAAAUAAGUUUUUACUUUGUAAUAAUUCAGAAUUUGAAGAUUCAGUGUUCCAUUAUUUUGAUGAUUACCAUUUACUAGUAACUUCAGUAUUUAUAAGACAGUGAUAUUUCUAAGCUUGUUAUUUUGUCAUAUUUCCUGAUGUAAGGUGAACUACUUUAUUAUUAUUGUUUUUGCUGUAGCAGCCCUCGGGUUUUUGUUAUGUAAGUCAGUUUGUUUAUAUUGCUAACUUGCAAAUAUUACUUUAAUUGUGUUGUGCUUAUUGGCUUAAAAGAAAAAGCUUUAGAGCUUCAUAAUUUCUGUUUUCUGAAUUGGCAGAUUUCUUUCCCUAAUGCUUAGUAAAAAUGCAUUAUGUUAUUUUUUAAGUACUACAGAAUUUUGUAUCAGGAAGCCUGAUACCUAGUAUUGCCUCUGUUUUCAAAGAGCUUUGUAACUUUAAAGUUUUACCUUUUAGGACCUCAGGUUUUCUGAUCUGAAAAUGAAAAAACAAGGGUAUUAGAUUAAGUAGUGUCUCAAAUUCCACUUGCCUGUAAUUUGGUUGUCCCUUGACCAUUUUGUAAUCACUAUUUAGGCUUGCUUUUAUUCUUGUUAUUCUUCCCAUGAACUAUAUUUACUAGGUCAGCCUAUACUGUUAAUGCAAUCUAUACUUAAAUUGUAGGAUUCAGAUAUGUUAACUUUGUUUUCCAGUUAUGAUUUUGAGUAAUUUUAAGGAGGAAAUUAUAUUACAGAUAAUAAAAGUUUAAGGAAAUGAAAAUGAAAGAAAGGUUACAAAUAAUUGACAUGACCUUUUUUUUCCCAUAGGAAGAGUCUCCUAAAGCACCAACAUAAGCACCUUAAAACUGACAUACAGGAUAAAAAUGAUAUAAAAUUCUGUGGUCUCUGUUCUCUUAAAUACAAAUAUAGCUAGUUAGCCAAAUUUUAAACAAAAAAUAUUCACAAUAAAAUUAGCAAACAAAGCAGUGAUAGUGUUGGCCCGUAUAGCUAAUUAAAAAGCUUUUAGGUUUUACCUACAUUAAAAUAAUUAUAAAAUGUAAAAAUAAUUUCAGAGGAGUGGAUUGAAAUUUUUCCAUUCAAUAAUUAUUCUUAAAAUGUUCUUAGAUUCAUUGAAUAAGUAUAGUUGCCAGAUUGCCAUAAGCAGUUCCCGCUUUAAUAGAGAUAAAUGUGUUUCUUUUUUUUUCUGGUUAUACAGAAGAUGUUUUCAUAAAACUUUCUUGACUAUCUAAUGAAAUCUAGAGAUUCCAUUAGUACAAUCCCUCAGCAGAGUUCUCUUAGAGAUUUGUGUUCUCUGAGAACUAGGCCAAAGAGGUUCCUGUUACUUUUAAAAAUGAUUGCCUUUCUCUAAUUGUCUGCAUUAGUUCAUAUCAAUUUGUUGAACACAUUGACCUGUAGGUUUAUAAUCUAAGUAUUGGGUUCAGUGUCUGAUGGGUUGAGAAGAAUAAUGGAAAGUUGAUGUAGGAAGAUGUACUGGUUUCUGGUGUGAUUUCUUUGGUUAUACUUGAUUCCUGUCUUUGGUCAGUUCACUGUAUCAGGCAACUUUCCUGGCUUCCAGAAAUUAAAUUAGAUGAUCAGCUUCUCUCAUUCAGGCAGAGCUAUGUUACAAUAUUAUUUUGAUUGCUUGUAAAGAAGAAACAAACCUUUAUUUUCAGUUCUUUGGCUCUGCAUGUUUCGUUAUUACAUUUAUUAAACUUGAAUCUGAGGUCCAGACAUUUCAUUGAAGAUUUUCUGGGUUUUGAUAAUGGGAUGAUUUGUAAGAUAAAGCAGAUAAUCCUAGUGUGAUUUAAUUUGUAUUUAUCCUUUGACCAUUUUUCUAUUUCUCUGACUACUACUCCCCUCCUCAGUUUUGAAAACAACACUUAUAGUUGUCGUCCUUUACUCCCUUACCCUGCCUCAGAUCAUUUUUCCCUACACUACUCUUGUCAGCAGAAAUAGGAAAUAAUUCUGUAUUUCUGAAAUAAAAUCAACACAGAAGUUCUUUACAUUGAACUGAGGUGAAUAUGUACUUGAAGAUACUGUAUUUUCUUUAUAUGUGAAUUUAAAAUUAUUUUUUUAAUCAUAAAAAGGAGUCUCACUUGAAAAUAUUAGUCUGGAAGUUCUCAUCAUCAGGUGCUAUUUCUACCUUUGCUGUGAGUUAUCAGAGUAAAUCUGAAUUCUUUAUCAUUUAUCUUUUUUAAAAAAUCAGCUUCUCUAGGAUUAUUCCAUUUCACAUGUCUUCAGCACCAACUUCAACUUUUCUGCUUUUGUUUUCAAAUGCCAAAUUUUAUUUUUGAGAGUUUUAUUUUUUCAUUGAAGUUUCAAAGUAUUGCAUAUGUGAAGGAGUGACUGCAGUUUAAACAUUUACUUUGGUAUUAUAAAGAUACUACCACCACUAUUGCUUUCCCCCAGCCCCAAAAAGAAAAGUUCAUUUGACACUCAAAAGUUAUUAAAUUGUCUUAUUUUUAUUUGAAAGAGCUAUGGAAACUGUUUCUUCUAAUUUAAAAAUUGUUUAAUUUAGAAAAUACUGACUUGCUGUAUUUUAAGCUGAUAUUGAAUUUAGGGGAUUGUUUAUAUAAAUAUAUGUUACAAUUAAUAAUAGUUAUGAGUUGUUUUACUUUCUGUAUAUGUGAUACCUAAAGCUUACAUUUAUUUAAUGUGAGCUUUUGUGUAUGUCUGUGAGCCUUUGUUUUGUCUUAGUGUAUAUUAGGUUAUUGUGGUCAUCUCAGCAGAUAAUCCUUUGUAGAUGACCUGAUUCUCAGAAAGAACAGUUUAAAGAGAUUAUACUGUAUCAUCAUAGUUGGAUAGUAUUAUUCUGAACUCUGCAAAAUUGCCGGUUUUGCCAAAAAUGGUGUUUCCAAUUUCAUAAUACAUAUUCAAGAAACAAACAGAAAAAGUAUCUUUUAGAACAAAUAUAUUGACUCCUUAUUCCAACUCUUCUUAUCAACCUACCAGUGGCUUUAUGAAGGAGAUUCAAACUAUAGAUAACCACAGGUCUAUCAGGAAAAUUCUCCAUUUUGUAGUUAAAUUGCUUAGUUUUAAGAAUAUUUAAACAAAAUAAUCUUUGUAAUUGAACAAAUACCUUUUGGGAAUAUGUAAGUUACAUAAAAACUUUCAUAACCUAGGAUAUCAUCAUAUAUCAGAUGAUUAGUCUAUAAAUAUUUAGAGGCAAAAUAAGUAUCCACACAUAUACACAAUUUGUAGUAUGGACUCAAAUUUUGCAAGCCAUAGAAUUUUACCUUCUUGGUAGGCAUUCUAAAAUAAUGAAUACUACAAUGUUACAGAGUCAACAGAUUUGCCUUACAAUGCCAUGUAAAGAUUUUCUUUAUACCUUUGUUUCAGGUUCUAAGAAUAACAGUAUAUGAGUUUAAAAAUGCAUGUAAAAAAUAUGAAGCUCCUACACAGAAAAUCCAGAAUUUUAGAAGAACUGUUAUCUAAGAGAUUGUAAAUUGGAUUGUUCUAAGCUCACAUUAUAUUUCCUCAUAUAAAUAAUACUGUUAUGAAUAAUGAGGGCAACAGAUUAGACAAUAAGACUGACCUAGAGCACUUCAUAUUAAUUAGGUGUCUCAAUUUAGGUAUACUUUUAUGGUGGAGAGACUUGACUUGGGUCUUUCAAUAAUUACUUGGUACACUUCUUUCUAGGUGAUACCCUGAACCUUGUGCCAUCUGGCCUAUUCCUCAAAUGCUACAUUCCUCAAGACCUUCCUACCUGCCUUCUCUCCCCAGUCUUCCUUAUCAGUACUUCUGAAGUAUAAUCUAUCUUCAAGUGUUAAGAAGUUAGAAAUUUUCUUUAAUUCACAUUCAGGUGUUAGUGACUAUCCCCCUUUUAUCCUUCUUAAAUAUAAAUCUGCAUUAAAGACAAACACAAUGCUAUUAGCACAAAUUACUAUCAAUUAGAAUAUUAAGCUUUAAAAUAAAAAUGGAAAUAACUCGUGUUGGUGGGACUCCUGAGGUGAGAAAUAUCAUUAAGUAACCUAAUUUGGGAAUCUCUUUCUCUUUCCCUUAACCUAUGUGAUGUCUGAAAGUGCUGUAUAUUUUGAGUGACCUUGAAGAGGGAGCUAGUCAUUUGUAUCUAUUGGUCAUUGAAGUCAGGGCCUUGCUGAUCCUGUUUUUCAGUUCAAGAAAUAUGUCAGGAGCAUUUUAGAUAUCGGUCACAAACACUCUUUUAAGACUUUGUAUUUCAGUCUCAGUUUUCCUGCUGUCCAGCUAAGCCUAACUAUCUUCCAUCUCUGCUCAUUUGGUAUAGAACUAUCUUUCCUCAGUUUAUGUUAUCAACAUGACCACCACCUUCUCCUCUUUUCAAGAGAUACAAAGGUAGAAACGAUAUUCCUUUUUUCAUUAUUUUUAAAAAAAAAAAAACUAUUAUUCUUAAACACCUAGCACUUGGCAAUUUAGUUUUCAAACCGUAUUCUGAAUUAAAUUUAGAAGGUGAUUCUACAAUUAAUUCUAAAAUCUUAAUCUUGCUUUUAUCAUAUAAGCAUCUAGUUAGAAAGUGUUUAUGCUAAAGACUUGUAUUUUGUGGCAUUAGUUCUUCAUGUUUCUUUUUUAUGUGUUUAAAAUUGUUCAUUCAUUUCCGAGUGAGUGGGAAAGUUACUGUUGUUGAGAUAUGUAUAGGGCAAGUGCACUUGGUUAGAGCAUGAACUGUACUUUUACAUUAGCUGGAUGUGCUUUGCACUCUGCUCUUGUAGAUUUAUUUUGUUUACAGUAGACUGAUGUCAGUUUUUGUAAAUGUUUUUACUUAGCACUUUAACUGUGAGUGUAUAAACUGAUUUUAAAUGUAGUGGUUGUAUAUUUUGGUUAUAAAUUGGAAAUUUUUAAUAAAACUAAAUAAUUUGUUCUCUA